UCAAACAGGGCAGGCAGACAGAGAGACAGAGAGACAGAGAGUCGGACGUGACAGAGGAGAAUCAAGCUUUGGACAAACCGCUGCACCACACACUCCAAACAAGAACUGUUGUCUUUUGAGGGAAAAAAAGAGUGAAGAAAAGAGAGGCAGAGUCAUUGUGGAUCCUUUUCAGGGGGAAUAUCCUGCACCACAACUUGUUUGUUUUCUCUUUCGUUCUCGUAUCCCCACUCCUUUUAGAUCUCGAUGCUUUGCUUUGGGAUUUGUGCUCCAAAUCCAUCAAAUUCCUCUCUUGAUCUUUCUCUUUGUCGUCUGAAACCUUUUGAGCAACAUUUUUUUUCCAGAACUUUGCAACCCAAAAAACUGAGACAGACGUUUUGCUCACUCCCACUUGGACUAAGAGUUGAAUCAAGCCCGGUUCUGGAAUGAAUUUAGCCGAGCCCAGCUUGUCUAGAGAGACUCUUUUGCACGCCAGCCGGAUGUCUCUUGGGGGCCACUGGGCCUCAGGGACCCCGAGCCCUGCUUCUGAUUCUGAGCUUGGUUUUGAGCAGAACAUCUCUGGGGACUGCAGUUCUAACGAUGACCUUGGAAGCGGGAACAUGAGGAGAACAGAACCGAGGAUUUCUCUGACACCAAGUUCAGGGGGCCAGAGUCCGGACCUGAUCCAGGCAGGAGGUGUUUCGCCAGGCACAGCUGAUGGGAAGGCUGCAGGGGGAGAGCAGAGGAUCCGCAGGCCUAUGAAUGCCUUCAUGGUCUGGGCCAAAGAUGAGAGGAAGCGACUGGCCGUGCAGAACCCUGACCUGCACAACGCCGUGCUCAGCAAGAUGCUAGGUCAGUCAUGGAAGGCCCUGAGUGCAACAGACAAGCGACCAUUUGUGGAGGAAGCAGAACGUCUCCGUGUCCAGCACCUCCAGGAUCACCCAAACUACAAGUACAGGCCUCGCCGUAAAAAGACCACCAAAAAACUCAAGCGGGUUGAACCGGGGCUUCUGCUGCAUAGUUUAGCCCAGGGAGGGGCAACAGGCCUCGGAUUAGGACCCGGUAUCAGCCCCUUGGGUGCAGAAAGUGUCUCUGGAGGUUCUGCUUAUGGACAUCAUCAUCACUCACACCACCUGCUGCAUCCUCUUGGGCACUUCAGGGACUUCCAAGGACACCCAGAGCUGGAGAGCUAUGGCCUGCCCACUCCAGAGAUGUCCCCUCUGGAUGUUCUGGAAGACGGAGCUGGGGAAUCUGUGUUUUUCCCCCAACAUAUGCAAGAGGAGGCAGGGAUGGGAGGUUGGAGUGGUUACCACCAGCACCUUCACCAUCAUAACCAACAUUACAGCCACAAUUACAACAACCACACUCACCACAACACCAUGAAUGGUGAAGCAACACAUAGUCAGGGUUCAGGAAUGAGUGUUAGUGCCAGUUUAAACACCUGUUUGAAUUCCAGUCUGAGUCCAAGUAGAGAUUCCAGAGUUGAUUCUAGAAUGAGUUCUGUUGAGUCAAAUAUUACCUUGAGCAUGAGCUCUAGGUUAAAUCACCCCUCUAAUCACCACAUUGCCUUAAGGAGUCCUGUAAAGUGCCCACCACCUCUGUCUGACUCCUCCCCUGUUCCCUACUCCCAGCCCUCCAUCAGCCUCCCUGAGCUGAUAAAAUCCCACCAAAUUCCACAUCAACCCACCGCUCCUGUCAGCUACUUCGGCCAAAUGUAUGGGAACAACGCUCCGAAUGCAGCAUACUACAUGCCUUCUCACCUGGGGCAGCUUUCACCUCCUCCUGAAACUUCUCCUUCUUCCUGUCCAUCCUCUUCCAUCCCCACAUCAACCUUCCCUCCUCCUUUGCACUUAGAGUCUUCAAAUCCAGAGCCCUCUUGCCAUUUGGGGUCUUCUUCUGCUGAGUUUUGGUCGGAGGUGGACAGGCAUGAAUUUGACCAGUAUGUAAAUCUCGGAAGGAAUCGAGAGGAGGCCUACGGACGUGGUGGGGGCUGUGGUGGUGGGUCCAAACCCCUGACUGGGCGCAUUAGCAGUAGUGUAGGUAGUAGCAUGAAUAGCAGUUUAGUUAACAGCGAUGUCAGUAGCAUUUUGAGUGGUGCUGGUGGAUGUGAGGAAGGGAGCAGCCCUCUUAUAUCUGCUCUUUCUGAUGCCAGCAGUGCUGUCUAUUACAGUGCCUGUAUCACUGGAUAAAUACUCCAUGAUCUCAUUCCUUAUAUGUGUUCUUGCAUACUGCACACUUUGCUUUGGUUCAUUUGAACCAUUGUAACACGAUCGGUAAGAAGUAUUUUGGAAAGAAUAGUUUUGGCUCAUAUUCUUAGUCUUUGCCAUGCCAUGGUUAUCUCUCAUAGAUUCCAACUGUAAAUGUUAAACGUUUUCGAAAUGAGGAAAAGAAAAGUGAGCGUUUUCAUCAUACCAACUCUUAACUGAGCCAGCGCUGGGUAGACCGUAGACCAAUUGGCUGGCUAGUUAAGCAGCUUCCCCUUAUAGCUACAGCCUAGUGUGGCUCGAUGGUAACUUAUGACCCAUGGAAUUGUUUGCAGGAUUUGUGGGGAAAUGCACAAAUUGCAAGCUCAUGGCAUCUUUAAAGGCAGAAGCUCUAGCAGAAAGCUUUGGGCUUUUGCUAAGCAAUUGAAAAAUCAGCUACUGUCAGUCAAUUAGCUCGCAUAGCAGAUGAAACUCACCAUUUCUGUAGCAUUAAUCCAAGCUUGAUGCAUUUUAUCAAGAGAUUGCCUGUUGAUCCAAAUGAAUAGUAUAGAAAAAAGUAUGCUGACCUAGUGCAUUGUCCUGCAUAGGUUAUAUUUUCACUUUAGUCACUCAAGGUGCUUCUUAGAAAAAGAAAUACUGUAAAUGCUGGGCAUAUCAACAAAAGGACAGCUGGAGAGAACCUUAAAAUACAAUUGUAUUUUUUAGUAACUUAUCACCUGGAAGUUUUUCUGGUGGCUAAUUCUAGGGUUUUAGUUUAUCAACUAGCGCUUGCUUUAGUUUAGGUGCCUACCUGCUCGAGCCUGUUUCAUAUGUUUUGUUUCUCUGCACUCUAACCCGUUCUGGUGACGGACAGUACUUAUAAGAAGAUAUACAAAUAAAAUCCUUUCUUUAAUUGCACUGUAUGUAAUCUGCUCAUCAGAAAAAUCCCAAACUACAACAAAUAGGAAUAACAAUAUCAUCUCAUCUCAUUUUUGACAUUUCAUCUCAGGAUCAGACAAAUACUCAUUUCCACUGAAUUUCAUAAAGUUUAGGUCAAUUAUUUUGUUCUUUAAAUGGGACUUGAAGGACAAUGGAGGAGAAACUCUGUGGAUUAGCAAGAGAAAAAGACUGGAUGGGAGAGGCUUGAUCCCACCUACACAAAUCUCUGUUUUGUCGGGAAAGCCUUGGCAACAGUCCCAGAGUAGACCACUGAUGUCUCCCACAAACUAUCAGGAUGUUUUACAAGCCGAGUCGGGGUUUUCUGACCGUGAUACAUGCCAUUCCAUCUCUGUCUCAGUCCCUGACAGGGCCUCAUGUCAAAUUCCAUGCCAAAAUGUGGAAGUUUUAGUUGUUUUACGUACUGGAAAACAAAGAUAUGUCAAUGAUUCAAAGGUCAUUCUUUUCAACCAGUAAGCCUCUGUAGUAUAACAAGCAUAUCAUUUGUUUCAACAAAAAUGUAUUUUUAAAGUUUAAAAAGAGUAAUUGAGUCCUACAAAUAACAUUAAAUUGGGUUCUACAAUGCAUGUGUCAUUGGAACAUGUCUUAUGUGGUAUAUGAGAAUAGCUACACUUUUUACUUUAAAAUCCAUCAUAUCUAUUUGUAGCUUUAUACAAACCACAUAAAUAUUGAUGAGCUGUUUGACCAAUCUAAUUACACUUUGUUGCAGUUUUAAUUUCAUUUAAAAAUUCAAGGAUAAUGUUUCAUGUGUUGAGUCUUAUACUUUUUGGAAAUCUUGUUUUGAUGUAGCCUUUUAAUAUAUAUAGAUCACGGAUUCUGUCUAUUGGCAGAAUGUGAAGGAGAAAUUGAGACUAUGAAAUGUUCUUUUUGCACUGGGUUUUAGAAGCAACACUACUUAUUAUAGAUCAAAUGUCCAUAAUUUUGAAUAUGUAUUUGUACAGAUAGCACUGUGUUUGUUUUGUAGAUUUUGUUUUAUACAUUUCUUUUCUCAAAUGAAUAGAUCAACAUUUUAGGAAAUGAUUUGCUCUCUUGCUAAGAGUUAGAUGAGAAGAUCGAUUGCGUGCCUCACACCGGCUUCGUUUACGCGAGUAUAAACUUAUUUUCUUACUUACUUAUGCCACAGACAACAAAGUGAUAAUGAUAUUCACGCUCUUGGCAAGAAAGGGAGUGAGUAUAUUUCCCCAAAUGUGGAACUAUUCAUUUCAAAAUUAUUUGAAUAUUAAAGCAUUGGAGCCGUGAGUUUCCACUUGCCAUCCAAAAUGUUGUUAAUUGUGUUUGUGUAAACUUGCCUUCAAAAUAAAAUCUUGAA